UCCUUUGGGAAGGGAUCUGGAGUCAAUCUCUUGCCAGUUCAGUGGCUCUUUCCCGUCUGCAGGUGGCGAGAGAGGCUUCCGUGAGCAGCACAGGCGGAAGAACCUCGAGUCAGAUCACUCCUCCUCUUCCUGGAAGCUGGAGAAAAUCAAUCGGGAGACCCGGGAGUUCUGGCGUGUUUUGCCAUGGCAGCCGAGGCCAGGUGGUGCUACCGGGGGGAUCCCCAGGAGGAACAGCGCGCUCCGCUCGUUCAGUUUACAAAUGGGAAGUUGAAGAGUUCGGAAAAUAUUAAUUUUACCUUGUACAGAAACAAAGACAACAAUAACCCCAAAAAGAAAAAUAAACGAAUGUUGAAUGCGGAAACAGAAAGACUCUCUUAUGUAGGAAAUAACUUUAGCACAGGAGCUAUGAAAAGCAGGACUUCAUGCAGAUACUUUGUUGGUGUAUUAGACAAGAACUCUGGACAAAUGGAAGUCUAUAAUGCAGAGUUAUUCAACAUGCAGCCAUUGAUUUCAGAUGGUGCAGCUGAUGAUGACCUGUCAGAAUAUUUGACUAAAACCUAUCGAGAGAAGAUAGAUAUGUGCAUCGAAGCCUUUGGAACCAACAAGCAGAGAAGAGCCCUGAACUCUCGGAGGAUGAAUGAAGUUGGCAAGGAGGUGUUGAAUAAGGCUGUAACCAAAGCAGCAGAAGACAUUAUUGAGACAAAGGGGGUUGCUGCUUUGGUCAGCGAUGCAGCAGAGGGUGAUAAGGCCGAUGUCUCUCUCGUUCUUCCCCCAUGCCACGAAGAUGCUGGCAGACCAGAGGAUGUCUACAAGCUCGAGGACAUUAUUACACCUGCUGUGUAUGAGGCACUUCAGGCUCCUGCUGCAGCUUUCAUGCAUGUAACCUCAGAAGAAAUCCUCAAAAUGACAGAAGAGAAAAGAUACUGCUCCUUUGUCCUGGAUGAACUUAAGGCCAUGCCUCUGGAUGAGAAGAAGCGGGAUCACAAAGCUCGGUGUCUUUGGUUUUUGGAUUGUCUUGUCCAGCUGAGCUCGCAAAGAGUAGUUAAAAAGAAACUUCCACUGGGACCCGGUUGUCCACACAUUGUCAGCAACCAACUUGUGAAAACCUUUACAGCACUAUCCUUUGGCAACGGCAGGCUACAGAAUCAAGUUUCUGCUUCCAUGAAAGUGAAGAUUACGGCCUAUGCCAUAGCGCUGGCUUUGCAUAUUAACAACUUCCAAACAGACCUGACAGUGUUACAGCGGGACCUGAAAAUGCGGGAUUCAAGGAUACUGGACAUUGCCAAGGCAAUGAGGCUGAAGAUCUCCAAAAGCAAAAGCCUCUCUGGAUUUGAUGAACACAAACUGGGGACACUAUCUUUGCCCUUGCCUGUGUACAAAAUGCCAUCAGGCGGAAGGAAACGCAAGGCGAACUAAAUGGCGACUGUCGCUCUUUGUCGAGCCCCGAUGUUCUCCAGUGUCACACCAGGCUGAAGGAAUGAAUUGGUCUUCCGACUGUUGCAACUGAGCACCUUCUUGAACUGGACAAGGCCUUAAUAAAGGAUUAGACCGACA